AAUCACUCCAAGCCCGGCUUAUUAACCGGUUGCAACGUCCUGCAAAUAUUUCCACACCCCAAGCUACCCGGUAGAUUUGCGACUGAUUUUUGUUCUGGGCGCCCUUACUACCUUGGACCUUCAAGUCGAAGCCUUCUAUCAAGUAGAAUAUCCCCACGGCGACAGGCAAGGCGACUCUGCUAAAUCAUGGCCAAUGUUGAAGACCCCGUCGUGGAUGCAGAGAUCUCUAGUGCGGAGGUUUCUUGUCCUGUCUCUUCUAGUAGCUGCAAGCCUCUGUCAAGGCCCAUGAUAACGGCCAAGCCAUUGGGAAGCCCAUUCCACGAGAUUGACGAAUUGGAUUUGAAACAUGAACUCUAUCCAAGGCAAGAUGAACGGGAUCUCCAAUAUCAGGACAUCCCCCUUCCACCACCCUCAAUCAACUUUACCUCUAAACCAGGUACUCCAUCUAGCCGCAUUUCCAACAUGACCGACUCAACUCCAAUCAGAAACAAAUCACCCUCAGGCAUUGGUUUACUCUUCAAUCGCUCAGAAUAUCCAACUUCAAUCUCCCAAGCAUCAGAUUUUCUGGCAAGGGAUAGAAAGCUCAGUGAAAUGACUGAAAAGUAUCCGGAGACCAUCGUGCAACAAGAAGCUAGUCACUCUUCCAUCAGCGGAGCUCUAUGCAAUUCAUUCUCUCUCAGAAAACAGAUAUGCACAUCUUCUACAACUCAAGCAGCAACAUCUCCCUCCCUGAGCUCAAUCGACGCAGAUUUGAUAACCCAAGCAUCGCCUGGCUAGACAGAGAAACACCAGAACUCACACUCGCCAUCACGCCCCUGACCCCACUCAAUCGAGGCUCGUUACCCUCCGUCUCCAACCCCAGCCCGUCUACGAUUCAUCCGCCAGUCAGUUCGUCCUCAAAUGACGGCCUCUCCACCACAUUAUCCAUUCGUUAUUGCCCCCAACUUUCUGAUCCAAUUCAACUGGCUAGCCCUCCGCCCGAGUACCAUCCAGAUCGACCUGCUAGAUAUCCUUUCCUUCAGAAUCCCUCACAACUCAAAGCUUGUGAUCAGGAUCCUGGCCCGUGGCAUGACUCGCUCUGUUUGACCGUUCCCAUAGCACAUACUAAAUCUAAAUUCGAUCACACUCAUGCCUGCUCGGGCAGUCCGAAGUGCCAGGGGGAGAUGUCCCCUAAAAAUGAGAGCUCUUGUCCCGCCAUCCUGAGCGCCAUCUGUGCUAUUAUAAUCCCACUCGGUUGCUUGCUUUGCAAUGCCACUUGGCUGGCCGAAUCGUCUGAAAAAUCAUCUGCGGGAAAGGCUGUCCUAGCUUUAUAUUGCUACCUCAUCAUCAUAAUGUUAUCUUCAAUGUGGAAGGCAGCAUCGAGUGACCCCGGCAUCAUUCCAAGAGAUCUCGACCUGGAGCCAGAAUAUGAGUGGGAUGAGGAGCGCAUACCGAUCCAGGAAGAGCACAUAAAAAUGAAGGAACCUCAGGCACUUUCCCAGCCACGAAUCCAGGCACGUUCGGUGAACAUAGGUGACUAUAUAGUCCCAUUGAAAUGGUGUCGUCGUUGUCGAACCUACCGACCCCCACGAGCUAGCCAUUGUAGGAUUUGUGACUUUUGCAUUCUACAGUCCGAUCACCACUGCACAUUCCUCAACAACUGUAUCGGCCGCAAGAAUUACUUUGUUUUCCUGAUCUUCCUCUUUACCACCGCUGUCGCCAUGCUGAGCACAAUCGCCAUCUCGAUCAGCCAUCUCGCCCUGAUGACCGACCCCGCAGUCAAUCCGGAAGCAAUUGGAAACUACAUCGUCAUCGCGCUGGCUUUCUUGCUGGGCGUUCCAGUCUUCGGCUUAUUGGUCUUCCAUAUGAGAUUGAUCUCCAAAAACGUCACCACCACGGAGCGCUUGCGGCCAAUCAUUAUACAAGAGAAUGGGAUUGAAUCUCCAGCAAGAGGAGAUAUCCAGCUAUACUCGCUAGGCAAGUGGUACUCGAACUGGCUCUGGAUAGUGUGCAGACCCAAUUUUACUCUCGAGGGGAUAAAACUUGAUCCUUUGUUGACAGAACCAGAGUAGCUUUUAGUAAUUCUGACACUAAAAAUCAGCCCAAAAAUGUUUGAUCAUCAUAUUCACGAGAACAAAUCAUUUGCGUUUUUUGCAAGCUUUUGAUAGUCAAACAAAAUCAUUUGCGAGCCACCAAAGUUUUUUCUGUGUUCUAUUCUUGUUUCAAUCUCCAUUUAAUUUUGAAAACUGACACUCUUUUCACUGUUAAUAUGAUGAGGUCUAGUCGCAUUCAUACU